CGGAACAGGUAUACAGAACGUUGACUACACCUGGACGUUCACCAGCUGAGGCAGUUGUCGCAGGCUGUAGAGGAGGCUGGGCGUGCUGAUGAAACAGGCAUCUACAGGCUUGACGGGUCAAGUCAACACAAGAAGACAAACAUGUCGCUGAUAUCCAGCCUUCAUGAAGCUAUCAAAAAUGGCGAGCUGGAUACUGUCGUUGGCUUGGUUGAGAGAGGCGCUGACAUUAACGCCACCUACAUCCGGGAAACGGCCUUCACCCAAGCGCUGGAAGCUGAGCGGUUCAACAUAGCAGUUCGUAUCAUGGGCGCUCGGGCCUUCAACCCUAAUGCUGGGAAUAAAUUUGAACGAACGCCACUUUUCUGUGCUGCAAAAGAUGGGAAGUAUGAAAUCGCUGUAGCCUUGCUUAACAAAGGAGCGGACAUAAACCGUGCUGAUAUUAGGGGAGUUACUCCCCUUGGUGCUACGGGAUGGUAUGACCGCCACCAGGUGGCACAGCUUCUGAUCGACAGGGGUGCUGAUAUCAACCAACAAGACUCCAGUGGAGAGACGCCUCUAUUUCGCGCUUGCGCUAACGUGAGCGUCAAAGUUUCAAAAGUGCUUCUUGAAAAUGGAGCUGACAAGAGUCUGCAAACUUAUGAAAGCAACAGUUGCCCUCUGUUCACACCCUUAAUGGCGGCAAUUCCGUCUAAAUACCAACUGGAAGUCAGAAGACGUAAGAUGACGGACAUGAUUGGCUUGAUGAAGAUGAUGCUGUCAUAUGGCUGUGACAUCAACAUUGUGAACAAGCACAUGAUGACGGCAUUGCACGUCGCCGUCGACCGGAACGAACUCUAUGGUGCAUGCUUGCUGGCAGACCACGGCUGUGACCUUGAAGCAAAGGACAAGGACGGACUGACACCGCUUCAUCUCGCCAUCCAACCAAACAGACCACAGUACGAGAUGGCCCUAUUCCUGCUCCUGUACGGCGCAGACGCCAACUCCAAGUUCAAGGACAAACAAAGUGGAAAGGUCAUACUUCCGCUCACACUGGUUAUGAAAACCCGACCUGUGAAUGAACUUGUGCAGAAACAGAGGGCGAGGUUGUUGCAAGCCCUGAUCCCUUCUACGGAUCUAAGCGGCAGGAACGUAUUCGAGGUGAUCGAGACGAUGUUGGAGAAUCCGCCAGUUCUUCAGGAAGACUUUGAUCAGCUUCAGGACUUCAAUGUAAAUCAGCCUUGCUCCUUACAAGGCCACUGCAGGCGCCGAAUUAGGGCGUGCCUUGGUCAGCAUCUUCUUAACAAGAUUGAUGCGUUACCUGUUGGCUGGCAGGUAAAAAAAUAUGUGGCGUUGGAUUGUGAUUACAGGCGUCACCAUCCUCGUAAGUCGUGUGAUAUUCACAUCUGUGUGCUGGAUGCGGAGAUGGAUCGGCUGAAGGGACUUCUAUGCGAGGGUUGUGAUGUGAAUUCACCGCUUGCUGACAAAAUCCCAUUGACUCUGGCUGCUCAGACGGGUAAUGUGAACGCUUUGAAUGUUCUGUUGGAACAUGGCGCUGAUCCCGCCAUGUUGGAUCGAGGAGGUCAAAGUGCACUUCAUGCAGCUGCCAUCAACGGUUCUGACGAUGUCGUUAAAGUUUUGUUGACAACCAAAUGUGAUAUAAAUGCUCUAAAUGCUGCUGGAAAUACGGCCGUUCAGGAAGCUGCAAAUAUGGGCCAUUUUGAAACUGUGAUGAUACUUCUGUACUAUGGUGCUAAUUCUUCAAUUGUCGGGCCUUGUGGAAUACCAUGCAUUCAUCUUGCUACCGGAAGUGGCCACCUAAAAGCCGUCGAAAGCAUUCUCAAAGUAUCCGAGGACAUUCGACUUAUUGAUAAGUUCGGAAACACCCCUUUGCACAUUGCUGCCUCGAGAGGCAUUAUCUACCUCCAAAACAACAUUCGACUUCCGGCGCUGUAUAAAGAGGAAGUCCUGGAAUUAUUAGACGCAGUCAAGUUGCCGCUCACAUCCGGGUUCCCUCAGUAUACCCGGGUUGAUGGCGUACACCAUCUUGAAGUUGUUGAGAUGUUGCUGAAAAGUGGAGUUAACCGACGUGCCUUAAACGCCGAUAAGAAACUAGCUUCGGAUCUGGCUAACGAAUACUUUAAGGAUGCUGUUGAACUCAUUGUAGGCAUAUAGGCAUGGCUAGUGCAGCACGGAUAGCACAUGUGCCUUCGACACAUUUUAGAAAGUUAUUUAUUCGCAAAUAUAUGCAAUAUUUUUAGACAGAUUAGCAUUUGUGGACUCCUGAUUACUGAAAUCAAAACCACAUAUAUUACUCG